AGGACUGACUCUGCCCCAGCAGCUACCCAGUGGACUCCCAAUGAUGGGAUGCAGAUGUCAAUAAGAGGCUGGUGAGGGCUCAGCUUACUAAGCUGGUAAAUUAUAGAACAAAGCUCCUGGUCUCGUUGGAGGUGGCUGCAUCGGGGUGAUUCUUGCCCUCCGAGUUAUGUCUUGAGCUAAUUUUAAAGGCUUCAGGAUUACCUAGUUUUGUCUUCGGGUCCCUUUGCUCUGCUCCAAAAGUCAACCUGCUGUUUGGAAAGUUCCCCAAGGAGACCGGAAAGCCAAACAAAGAUGUCUGAGCACCGCAGAAAUUCUGAUCAAGAGGAACAUGUUGGGGAGGAUAUCGAUGAAGAUGAAAUCCUGGCCAAGCUGUCCCCCGAGGAACUCCGAGAACUACAGUCGGAGAUGGACGUCAUGGCUCCGGACCCCCGACUCCCCGUGGGAAUGAUUCAGAAGGACCAAACGGAAAAGCCCCCCACCGGCAACUUCGAUCACCGCUCUCUCGUCGACUACAUGUACUGGCAGAAGGCAUCGAGGCGCAUGCUGGAGGACGAGAGAGUCCCCGUCACCUUCGUGCCAUCCAAGGAAAACCCUGCAGAGGCCGAUGAAGAAACAGAUAAGGAUAGCACAAAUGUACCAGGGACUUUAACAACAAAACUCAAUAAAGAAAAUGAAAAGAAUGAAUCGAAGUCAAACAGCAUCGAAAGUACUAAAGAAACAAAAGAUGGAGUGGAAAAGGGCAAUGAAGAGGACAAGGAAGACAGUGAAAAUGAAGAUGAGGAAGAUGGCGGAGAAGAGGAUGACAAAGUCACUAAUGAAGAAGAGGAAAGGAAAGCCAGAGAAAAACAAAGAGAAGAAAAUAAAAACAGCUUAAAGUUACUGACAAAGCUCUUUGCAGAGGCAAAAGAGUGUCCGAUAACACUGGAAAAAAGUGAAACCAAAAUCUCAAAACUGGAUCCCAAGAAAUUGGCCCUGGAUACCAGUUUUAUGAAAGUGAGCGCCAGACCUUCAGGAAAUCAAACAAAUCUGGAUGAAAGUUUGAGGCAAGUGCGGAAAAACGACCCAGAAAUGAAAGAACUCAACCUGAAUAACAUUGAAAACAUACCCAAAGAGAUGUUAUUGGACUUUGUUAACGCCAUGAAGAAAAACAAACACAUUAAAACAUUUAGCUUAGCCAAUGUGGGUGCAGAUGAAAAUGUUGCAUUUGCGUUGGCCAACAUGCUGCGGGAAAACAGGAGCAUCACUACUCUCAACAUCGAGUCCAACUACAUCACGGGCAAAGGCAUCGUGGCCAUCAUGAGGUGUCUCCAGUUUAAUGAAACGCUAACGGAGCUCCGCUUUCACAACCAAAGACACAUGCUGGGCCAUCAGGCAGAGAUGGAGAUAUCGAGGCUCCUGAAGGCCAACAACACGCUCCUUAAGAUGGGCUACCAUUUUGAGCUUCCUGGUCCCCGGAUGGUGGUCACCAAUCUGCUCACCAGAAAUCAGGAUAAACAGAGACAGAAAAGGCAAGAGGAACAAAAGCAGCAACAACUCCGAGAGCAGAAGAAGUUAAUCGCCAUGUUGGAGAAUGGGCUCGGGCUGCCUCCUGGGAUGUGGGAGAUGCUGGGAGGCCCAAUACCAGAUCCAAGAAUGCACGAAUUGCUGCAGGACCCUCAAGCCUCCAUCUCCCCAAUGCCUCCCUUUGGCCUCAAUCGGAGGAAUGAAAUGAGCACGAAUCCUAGCCAGCCUGAACCGUAUAGAACUGACCCGGACUCCUUUAAAGUGGUCAAACUCAAGAGAAUUCAACGCAAAUCUCGAAUGCCAGAAGCUCGAGAGCCGCCCGAGAAAACCAACCUCAAAGAUGUCAUCAAAACCCUCAAGCCUGUGCCUAGGAUUAGGCCUCCUCCUCUCGUAGAAAUCACACCUCGAGACCAGCUGCUGAAUGACAUCCGGCACAGUAACGUUGCUUACCUGAAACCCGUACAACUACCCAAAGAACUGGCAUAAGGGACACAGAAUCAUCCGGAAGAACAAGAAAAAAGAAAUGUACAACCAUUGCUGGAAAGCAUAUCGAAGGCCACUCUUCAGAAUCUUGGUGUUGGACAUGGGAACCAUGCAGAUGACAACUAGUGGCAUUUGUUAAAAUCAGUGUUUGAACAAAACAAAAGAGGGUUUUCUGUGGGAGGUGGAGAGUAAAUAAUCCUCAAAAUUUAAUCUCUUGGGGGUAUGAUUGUCUUAUUUCAUGUGUAUUUUGGUGACCUAGUUGAAACAUAGAGUAACAUUUCCAGAACAUAAAAUAAGUGGAAAUCUUAUUAAUCUCUUCAUUGAAUUGUGUUGUCUUGGAUACUGCUUUCUACCAAUAAAUAUGUCAGAAACAUUAAUUAUGGUGUUGCUAUCACUCCUCCUGCCUUCUCUGCCACAUUUGUGAGAACAUGAGGGUGGGCCUCUGGUGAGGUCCCUAAAAUAGCUUCGAAUGUCCAGAAAGGGCUGAUCUGUGACAGCAUCAGACUUAGCCCCUGGACUACUUCACAGGGUCAUCUGUCUCCCAUCCUCACUCUCUCUCAACAAUACUCUAAGUAAAAUUCUGAAUAUGUAAGCAGCAGUCACAUUCAGCAUAGGCCAUGGUACCAAUACUGGCUGACCCAUGAAGCAUUGCUGGAUGAGGGUCACACACACAAAAGGAAGGAAAAAAUACCUGCAUAUAUAAAAUUCCCUGCAGCAAAUUUCCUUUAAAGUCCAGGAGUCAGUAGAAGACAUCAUGUAAUAUUUUGAGGGAGAGAAAUGUUUUGACGAAUAAAAUAUCUAAGUACAAUUUA